GGCUAGUCAGUUUUACAGGAUUCCACAGUCAGAUCAGCUGGUUCUAACAUUCUGAAACAAAUGCACACAUUCUGGAUCGUACAGUGCCAGCCCCUUACCAUGGAACCAUGACCACAGAGGAGAAUCCGGAAGAAUAUAGUGAUAACGAAAGCCUUGAGACAUGGACCUGGUCUCAGACCAUGAACUACGUGGGCCAGCUGGCGGGCCAGGUGUUUGUCCAGGUGAAGGAGCUGUACCGGGGCCUGAACCCUGCCACCCUCUCAGGCUGCAUCGACGUGAUCGUGGUGCGCCGGCCCGAUGGCACGCUGCAGUGCUCCCCCUUCCACGUGCGCUUUGGCAAGAUGGGGGUCUUCCACUCCAGAGAAAAACUGGUGGACAUAGAGAUCAAUGGGGAGCCAGUGAGUCUGCAUAUGAAGCUGGGGGAGAAUGGAGAGGCCUUCUUUGUCAAGGAGACGGAAAACAUGCUGGAAGUGAUUCCCCCCUACCUGGUGACCUCACCAAUCCUGUCUGAAAGGGCGGGGCUGAUGGAGGCCCAGCUCGGGAGGGGCGUGUCCCGCAACACUGAUCCCGCCCCCGGCACCUCUCUUCCUGUCCUGGGGUCCCAGCAGGAAGGAGGGAUGAUGAAGAAGAGGAGGAAGAGGAGGAGGAAGGUGCGGGGGGAGAGCGGGAGGAGGGAGGAGAGCGGGGAGUACUCUGACGAAGAUGAAGACAUGUUCACCAUCGACAUGAGCUCAGAUGAGGAGAGGGAGGAUGACAACAUCAGAUCCUCCAAGGCUGCCAUGCAGAGCAGCAGACGUUCCUCCUUCCUCCGCUCAGAACCAGAGUGGACCCGCUCCCAGAGCACCAUGGUAGAGCAGAUGUGCUCUCUCUCUUUGCCUCCCUCCGGUGGUCUCUCCAUCUCCUGUCCACAGCAGACGUCUCUCUUUCCAUCCUCGAUCAGCAUUGCCAAUGACUCCCACACCUCCAUGCCGAGGAGCGAGACGGAGCUGGCCAAUCAGGGCAGAGACAACCCUGAGAUGUUGUGGGCCUGGGGAGAGCUGCCACAUGCUGCACAGCCCUCUCUCCUCCCUCCCUCUCACAGUACAGACCCCGCUGGUUCCACUAUGGCUCCUGUCUCCAUCCGUGUGUCUGACAGCACACACUUCAGGACCAUCUCUGGAGACCAGGCCCCCCCAGACACUGGCCCCCACUCCCUCACCCUCACUGUGCCCCAGCUCAGGGACACCAGUCCGGGGGCUGGGGCUGGGGCUGGGCGGGAGAUGGAGUGUGUGAGUGCGGCCUGCAGAGAAGUGGAGGGGGCCACAGCUGCCCGUCUGCUUCCUGUCCUGGAGGGGGGGGGCAACAGGGGGAGCCCAGUCAGACCCACAGACUCUCCCUCCAAGAAGAACGACAAGAGGAGCCGCCACCUGGGAUCUGAUGGGAUCUACUUGGAUGACAUCACUGAUCUGGAGCCGGAGGUGGCUGCUCUCUACUUCCCCAAGAGUGACGGGGGCAGCAGCUCCGUGAAGGUGGGGUCAGAGAUGGGCGUGCGGAGCGCCAGCCAAUCACCUCAGUCCUUAGCCGGCAGCGGAGUGGACAGCGGCGUGGACAGCUUGUCUGACCAGAUAGGAGACCUGCCCAACAUCGCCAUCUCCCUGUGCGGAGGACUCACUGACAACAGAGAGAUAACUGCAGUCCAGUUCCAGGAGAGAGCUAUCUCCUACCAGCAAUUCUCAGAGAAUCCGUCCAUCAUCGAUGACCCAAACCUGGUGGUGAAGAUUGGAACCAAGUACUACAACUGGACCAGUGCUGCUCCUAUCAUGCUGGCCAUGCAGGUCUACCAGAAGCCUCUGCCAAAGGCCACAGUGGAGAACAUCAUGAAAGAGAAGAUGCCCAAGAAAGGAGGUCGCUGGUGGUUCUCCUGGAGGGGCAGAAACAGCGACUCCAAAUCGGACUCUAUAUCAGAGGCAGGAGGAGGGGAGGGGGAGGAGGCAACCCUCACUAUGUCCUCUAUUACCAGGAUGAAGGAUGAGUCCUCCUCCAGUGAUGAGGAGUACCGCUCGGCCAAUCAGGGCUCAGGAAGCUUCCAGGCGGAGCCCCUGCUGACCCCAGGGAGCGUCUGCUACAGGAAGACCCUCCGCCUCACCUCCGAGCAGCUGGCCAGUCUGCAGCUGAAGGACGGUCCUAAUGACGUGGUGUUCAGUGUGACCACUCAGUACCAGGGCACCUGCCGAUGCCAGGGCAGGAUUUACCUGUGGAGCUGGGACGACAAGAUCGUCAUCUCCGACAUCGACGGAACCAUCACCAGAUCUGACACCCUGGGCCACAUCCUGCCCACCCUGGGAAAGGACUGGACCCACCAGGGCAUCGCCCGGCUCUACCACCGCGUCAGCCAGAAUGGUUAUAAGUUCAUGUACUGUUCAGCGAGGGCUAUAGGCAUGGCAGCCAUGACCCGGGGAUACCUGAACUGGGUCAACGAGCAAGGCACCAUGCUGCCCAUGGGCCCUGUGCUGCUCAGCCCCAGCAGUCUGUUCUCUGCCCUGCACAGAGAGGUGAUAGAGAAGAAGCCCGAGAGGUUCAAGGUGGAGUGUCUGACAGACAUCAAGCAGCUGUUCCUACCCAACACUGAGCCCUUCUAUGCUGCGUUUGGAAACAGAGCCACGGAUGUCUACUCUUACAAGGAGGUGGGGGUUCCUCUGAACAGGAUCUUCACCGUCAACCCCAAGGGAGAGCUGAUACAAGAACACGCCAAAACCAACAUCUCCUCGUACGGCCGUCUGUGUGAGGUGGUGGACCACGUCUUCCCCCUGCUGGUCCAAGGGCAGGCCUGUGAUGUCACCGGCUCUGACACCUUGAGUCAGCUGACCUGCUGGAGGGAGCAGCUUCCACCGGGCCCCGCCCAGAACCCUGCCCCAGCCCCGCCCCCUGCCCCAGCCCCGCCCCCAGACUCCAGCAGAGGAGAUGUCAGAGCAGAGCCUAGCCUCGGCACCAGCGAGGAAACACACACACCUGCGGAUGCAGAGAAGUGAAAAUCAAGAUGCACACACACACACAUACAGUAUAUGCAUCAACACACACAUACACACUAACACACACAUAAGCGCACACACAAGUAAAACACAGACACUAUACAAAUCAUGAAUUCUCUGGCUUCCAUAAACAUAAUGCACUUAUGUAGAGCAGUAAGAUUUUUGGGCUUCUCUACUUCUGGACAUUUCUAUGGACCUUGUGUAAUUUAGAGUUUUUCUUCAUUUCUGAAAUAGUGUUCAUUGAGAACCACAGCACUGUUGUGUCUCUACCAGGUCACUGGUGAUCCAGAGGCCAGACCCUCACUAACUCUAGAAGUUCUUUCCUAACACUGCACCUGUUAUGUUUCUUCUACUGACUCCAUGUAAAACCUGAUCUGAGCCAACUCUGCGCACAAAGUAUCACGCACUCUGGACUCUGGACGCCAAAGUCCGACAGCCCAGAAAACAAACUUUGAGGCAUUUUGGGGGCUGAAAAGACACAAAGCAACAGCCAUGUUGCCUGUGUUCUGUAUCUGGUUCAAACAAUAGUUUACUUUCUCACAUCUUCUGUUAAUUUUGUUCAUUUGUUGUUUUUGUUUUUUAUGUGCUUUGUGCUGAAGAUUUCUGGUAUUGGAUUUUACCUACAUGAAGUUUUUGUUGUGGCACAAAUUAGUUAGUUUCUCAACAAUGCAAGAAUAUGGUACAAUUUAAUGUUUUUGUACAUUGUUAACUUUCUAAAAAUCAAAGCACUAACCCCACUCCCCUAAUAACUUUAUCUCUAGGUGUGUUAUUUAUUGUGCAUUCACAGACAAGUAGAUGUUCUAUAUGAAACAAUGUCAUCGUAGAGGAAAACUAUAAAUAGACCCUUUUUAGGUCAGACAGACAAUUCCAAAUUGCUCCGGGGUAGCUAUGGUUACUGUACUGGACAAAUGGUUUCUCCUUACCUGUCUCUCAGAUGCACUAAUAGGGAUUUGUCUUGCAUGUUGCAGUUCAUGUAGUCAGACAGGAAGUAUUAGGUAUAGAUAAUGACACUGUGAAUACUUUACUAAAGAACAAUGCAACUAACACUAGCUCAGGAUGUUCUGGUCAGUCUAUGAGGAGACAGAUUCUUUUCAUCUCCCUUUACCACUUUUAAAACUUGACAUGUUUAAGUCUGCCUCUCAGACUUUCUGUCUUUCUCUUUGUCUCCCUCCCUCCUCCACUCCCUCCCCCUCAAGCUUCUAUAUAGUAAUUCAUGAUUAAGGUUAUUUGAGGGGAAAGUAUUUUAUUUAUGCCUUUUUUCUAGCAUUUAUGAAUUGUUUGUUAAUAAUAAAUACACAAAUUUAAUCGUAGCUGUCUACCAUAAAAUGUUAGUCAGGCUAGACUAGAGACAGAUUAGCAUCAUCAUUAAUUCUGUAUGUUUGUGUCAGUAUGUGUGUUUGUCUGUGUGUAUGUGUAUGGGUGUGUGUCACUGUCACAGUAUGUGUGUGUGUCAGUUCUCGUUUCUGCUCAUCUUCAAGGUUAAAAGAUCCAUAUCAUCAAGAUCAUCACAUAUACUGGCUCCAGGUUUCUCUGAGAGCGUGUGUGUGUACUAAAGGGACAUAUACCUCGGGGGUGUAACACUGGCUGUGGAUGAGACAAACGGGAUGAGUUGGGUUGAUGGUAACUGCAGUGAGUUGGGUAGGUGAGAUUCUAACUGUCUGUGGGGGUAAAUGGGGUUGUUGAGAUUAUAACUGUCUCGGGGUUGAGUAUGAUUGACGAGGUGACGCCUGUCUGAACUAGGGGUCUCCAGGUCACAUGUUCUCCCUGAGGCCCAGUUGGGUCACAUGGUGAAACUGCACUUCCUGCUCUCUAUUCACCACGCUGACCCCUACUGUCUGUAACGUCACAGGUCAUGUGACCAAUCAUCAGGGUCAUGACCACUAGACUGUGUAGAGUAGUAGACAGGUAUUCUACAGGGCUCACCAGUGCUGCAUGAGAGGGCCCGGAAUUCAGUGGAAUGGUUUAGUUAAUGCUUUAGGUGUAGAAAGAGAUUCUGUAUUCUGAUUGGUGUGUUGUUGGUGAUUGUCAUCGUCUUGCCUAGUCUCGUAAAUGUUGAAGAAAGUUCGAGGAGUUCAGUCCUCUCAUUCACCUUAUUCUUUCUGUGAAAGAUUAUUUAAAAAUAAUUUGUUUUGCCUUAGCUAUCUUUGUGUGCAAUGUAAGACAUUUGCCGAAUGAACAAAUAUUUGAAUAAACAAAAAACAUAAGA